AUGCAUUGUAACUGCAUAACAGCGCACACGAAGCGGAUCAUCAAUCGAAAAGAGGGUCAAAAGACCGUCAGUCUGUCUCCACGUCUCCUCCUCCUCCACCUCCUCUUCAUACACAGACGAUGUUAGCAUCCAAAUGCCCUCUCCAGCUGUCCAAGUGACUUUUAUAGUCGUCCUCCUUCGUCUCUCCUUGAUCCUAUGCCACGAAGAUCCUUGUUACGACGAAAAUGGGCAACCUAAGUAUUGUUUCCCCCCAUUUACUAACGUUGCCUCCAAUGUUUUAGUGGAAGCUACUAAUACUUGCGGUGUCAAAGAACCGAUAGAAUAUUGCCUUCAUGUGGUCGAAGAGUGCAGGAAGUGCGACGCGCACGUGCCACGUCUGUCUCAUCCACCUUCCUACAUCACGGAUAGUCACGAUAAGGGUAAACCUACUUGGUGGCAGAGCGAAACUAUGAACGAAGGGGUGCAGUUUCCAAAUCAGGUUAACAUUACUUUGCAUCUAGGGAAAACUUUCAUCAUUUCUCACAUCGCUAUCGAGUUCUACUCCAGUCGACCGGAAAGUUUCGCCAUCUAUCGAAGAGAAUCGGAGUCGAGUACAUGGUCACCUUAUCAAUAUUUUAGUUCGUCGUGUCUAGAGACUUACGGCAUAUCGAAUAGCACUUGGUUAACAGAAUAUAACCAAACUAAACCCCUGUGUUCGUCUGAGUAUAGCGACAUUUCUCCCUUAACCGGGGGUAUCGUCAUCUUUAGUACAUUAGCGAGGAGACAGAGGAUUUACCAGUUUCAAAACAGCACGGAGUUACAGGAGUGGGUUAAAGCGAAGGAUAUUAGACUGACACUCGACAGAUUGAAUACGUUUAGGGACGAAAUUUAUGGAGCGCCCCACGUUUUGAAGUCGUAUUACUACGCCAUAUCCGAUUUAACUAUAGGUGGAAUAUGCGAAUGUAACGGGCACGCGAGUCAAUGCUUGCCUAAGGCAUUGCCUGGUGGAAUUCAAGUACUGGAAUGCCAGUGCCAACAUUUCACUACGGGACCCGACUGUAACGAAUGCUUACCGUCUCAUAAUGAUGUACAGUGGGAGAAAGCAACUGUAGAUAAGGCUUUUCAAUGCCAAGAAUGUAACUGUAAUAGCCGAUCCGAAAAAUGCUACUUCGAUAUGGAAUUAUGGGAGAGAACGGGGCACGGAGGUCAUUGUGUAGAAUGCAGAGAUUACACAGACGGCCCCCACUGCGAAAACUGCAAGCCAAACCAUUUUCGAAGAAGAGAUGGAAGAUGCGCACCCUGUAAUUGCGAUCCUUUAGGAUCAUACUCUCUUCAGUGCGAUAAUGAAGGAAAAUGCCAAUGCAAACCAGGCGUAGAAGGAAGGAGAUGCCAACGUUGCUCUUCUAAUUAUUUCGGUUUGUCUCCUCACGGUUGCAGUUCUUGUGACUGUAAUUCCGCUGGAAUAAUCAAAGAAAUUCCCAUAUGCGAGCUUACCACUGGCAGUUGUAGAUGUAAAGAAUACGUAGAAGGACAUAAAUGUGACAGAUGUAGAGAGGGAUACUUUGAUAUGCAAGAAGAGAAUGAAUUCGGAUGUGUUUCUUGUUUCUGUUAUGGCCAUUCGAAUAAAUGCAGGAGUACUCCUGGAUACUACCAAGUUAUUAUUGAUACAAGCUUUAAUAAUGAUAAGGAAGACUGGAGAGGUGAAGAUCACGGAGUACGUGUACCUGUGUAUUAUGACCCUGAUCUUCAGGUGUUACAACUCAGGUCCACGAACAGUCACACCAUGUAUUUUUCUGCACCAGUCUGUUAUUUGGGUGAUCAACGAGCAUCCUAUAAUCAAUAUCUAUCGUUCGAACUUCGGUUCAGUGGAGAAGGAGCCAGAGCGGGAGCCGAAGAUGUUAUUAUAGAAGGUGGAGGGUUGAAGAUCUCGUCACCCAUCGUAGGCCAAGGAAAUCCGAUGCCCGAAGCGCGGAGUAGUCAAAAAUAUAAAUUUCGUUUGCACGAACACCCCUCCUUCGGAUGGCAGCCUAGACUAAGAUUUCACGACUUUAUGAGGGUUUUAUCCAAUGUGACGGCUAUCAAAAUACGUGGAAUCUAUACCCCAGGAACCAUCGGAUAUCUGGAUAACGUGAGAUUGGAUUCUGCUCGUCAAACGCCCGGAAGGUUAGAAGCCACCUGGAUCGAAACUUGCCAUUGUCCUCCUAGUCAUACCGGACAGUUUUGUGAGAAGUGUGCCCCCGGGUACACUAGAAAUCCACCCGGUGGUACAGUUUUUGAUACCUGUGUGCCCUGCAGUUGCCGCGGACACGGCGAUAUUUGUGAUCCGGAAACAGGUGCCUGCUUGUGUAAGCACAAUACAGUGGGGGAGAGAUGCGACAGGUGCGCUCCAGGUUACUAUGGGCUAGUGAGAGGUGCUCCCGGAGACUGUCGACCUUGCCCUUGUCCGAAUCAAGGAGCUUGUGUGGUCCUUCCAGACGGACGGAUAGCCUGUAGAGAAUGCGAGAUAGGUCAUACGGGACCAAAGUGCGAAUUGUGCGUAGACGGAUAUUACGGAGAUCCUAAAGGUAAUUACGGCCCCCCUAGACCUUGCAGAAAAUGCCAGUGCAAUGAUAAUAUUGAUCCUAACGCCGUGGGAAAUUGCAAUUCGACGACUGGAGAAUGUCUGAAAUGCAUAUAUAACACAGCCGGACGAAAUUGUGAAAAAUGCAAGACUGGAUAUUACGGUAAUCCCCUGGCUGUACCCCGAAGAGGAUGCCAACCUUGUAACUGUUAUCCUUUGGGUACGGUACAGCAGACCGGUGCUCCUAAUUGUGACGUCUUAACCGGGCAGUGCAGGUGUCGAGCUAACGUGGUGGGACUAGGCUGCGACACCUGCGAGGUGGGAUACUGGAAUAUAGGAAGUGGCACGGGCUGCGAGAAGUGCAGCUGCAACCCAAUAGGGUCGUAUAAUCAGACUUGUGACGUCAGAACGGGGCAAUGUCACUGUUUGCCAGACGUAACCGGCAAGCAUUGCGACACAUGUCGACCCUACUAUUACGGGUUUUCUUCUUCGGGAUGCAAACCGUGUAAUUGCGAUCCCGUUGGAUCAACUUCGCUGCAGUGUGAUUCCGAGGGACAAUGUCCAUGUAGGCCUAACAUGCAGGGUCGUCAAUGUACUCAUUGCCGUGAUAAUAAGAAGUUUCCGACGGAAACUAUCUGCCUAGAUUGUCCAGCGUGUUACACAUUAAUCGAAGAGGAAACCGAAGAGGUGCAGAACAGAUUGGGCGAGUUGGCACUUCUUAUUGAAGAAAUUCAAAACCACGACGAAGUAGUAACAGACGAUUUCGAAUUUCGAAGAAAACUGUUCGAAGUCAAAGAUUCUCUGGACAAACUAGUGAAAGACGCAUCGAAAGCUGCAGCUCAAGAGAGCCCAUUGAUAAAAGAUCUAAAGGAUCUAAGAGAGAAGAUAGAAGCGGUUCAAAACACGGCAGGUAAAGUUUCGUCUCAGAUACCAGAUAUACAAAAAGGCAGCGGAGAAGCAGAUUCCAACAUCACUCAAGCCGAAGAUAUUAUUAAUCAGAUCGAAGAGAGUUUAAGGAUCGCUCGAGAUUAUUUCGAUAGUCGAUGUCGCAAAGCGUUACAGGAUGCGUUGGAUCGGUCCGAAGAACACGACGAACAGUCCAAGAGGAUGUCCGAAAUUGCUAAAGAAGCCAGGGUAUUGGCUGAUAGCCACGAAGAGAUGGCAGCUGAAGUGAAGAUUUUCAGUGAUGACGCUCUGAAUAUAUCAGCAGAAGCAUUCCAAUUAGCUAGAAGCACUGUAGAUUCUUUAGAUAAAUUGAACAGAGAAGUGUAUGCCUUAAAUAAAAAGCUGAAUGAUGUAGAAGAUAUGAUAAACAGGUCGAAAAAAUUAUCACAGGAUGCGCAUAGAGAAGGCGAAGAAGCUUAUGACAAGGCACUAGACGUGUACACUGACGUGCAUUCAUUGAUUAUACCUGAAGUUAACGAGAGAAGAAUGAAAGACGAAGCAGCUUAUAUUAUUGACGAGGCUCAAAGAAUUCGUAGAGAAGCGGACGAAGUAGAGGAUUUACAUAAAGGUACCGUCGACAAACUUCAGAAUGCGUUAGAAAGCUUGCAGGAUCUUCUGGAUGCUGCAAAUUAUCAACAACAGUUAACGGACGAGUUAUUGGGGGAUACAGAUUCUGCUCUUUCCAAAGCUCUAGACGCAAUUAAAUUAGGGGAAGACACAUUAAAAGACGCACAAAAGACUCUGGAAACGUUGAAAGGAUUCGACAAAGUCGUUCAAGAUAGCAAAGAUAAAGCCGAGGAUUCUCUGAAAGAUAUACCUUUCAUCAGAUCUUUAAUUAAAGAAGCGGAAGACAAAACUAAAGAAGCCAACGAUGCCUUAGGAAAUGCAAAGCAGGAUGCUUUCGAAGCACGUGACAUAGCGCAACAAGCUCAAAGGAUCGCGGAACAAGCUUCGAAAAAAGCUAAAGACAUUCUUCAAGAAGCAGACAAAACAAUGGCUCUGGCAGAUAAACUGAAGGAACAAGGAGAAGAACUUUCCAUUCACAUAGACGAUGCGGAGGAGAAACUUCGAAGCGCUGAGAAACAAGCUGCCGACGAAAAUCAAUUAGCACACGAGGUCCUACAUAAGUCUGGAGAAAUUAAACACGAUGCUCUUAACGUCGCCAAGAACGCUAACGAUGCUCUCGACGAUAUUUACGACAUCUUAAGACAAUUAGAUAAUCUGGAUGACGUUGAUGGAUCCCUGUUGAACGAACUCGAAAGGAAACUGUUGAGAGCUGAGAAAGAGAUGAGGGAUUCGGAUCUGGAUGCCAAAACGGCCGAUCUCAGGGAUGCUAGGAAAAAACAAGCCGGAUGGAUGAGGGAUUACGAAUCAGAGAUUGAGUUGUUGGAGAAAGAAGUAGAAAAUAUAGCGGCUAUACGCGCUUCUUUACCCGACGGAUGCUAUAGACGAGUUAAAUUGGAACCAGCCGAAAAUGCGUAGGAUUUUUUGUUUUUUAAAUAAUUUAAUGUCUAUUCUUUAACGUCGCUAAACUUCUAAUGUUACUUAAAAAAAUGUUAUCGAUGUUUAAUAUGGUAUCUACACGUGUUGAGAGAUCUACUUGUUCCAGAUUGCGAUAACGCAUCGACUGUCUUUUAAAAUUUGUGCACAAAAAGUAAUUAAAUUACUGUUGAAGUGU